AGCACUGACAGGAGAAGCAGCAGGUGAAUAGUGACCUGGACAGACCAUUACACACAAUGGAGCUGACACAGAGCCCGGAUGUAUAGGAGGAGGAGGACCUGUCUGUAUGGUGUGUGUGGAGAAGACUAUCAUUGUGUGCGCUGAUCACAUCCACAGCGGUGUGUGCUGAAGGCAGGAAGCUGCUAUGACACCUUCUAGAUCCGGGAACACCAAGUAGAGUCUUCAGCAGAAACUUUGUACAGGGAGAGAGGGUCAGUGCUUUAUUAUCUAUGACCCCCAACUGAGGAGGACUUCCAUUCAUCUCCUCUUCUGUCACUAUGGGGGAUCUCCCCACCAGGAGCUCGGCAAGAAGGAUACAUUGACACAUCAGGGGGUCUUAUAUUUCAUAACAUUAUGACCACCCUCCAUAAACCUGGCCAGGUAUGGACUCCACUACACCUCUUAAGGCAGAUGUUGAAAGGGCAACGGUGAUGUAAAAAUGACUCAGGGGAAGAAAAAGAAGAGGGUGAACCGUAGUGUGCUCCUUGCCAAAAAAAUCAUCAUUAAAGAUGGUGGCACGCCUCAGGGGUUUGGUUCUCCCAGCGUGUAUCAUGCUGUCAUUGUGAUCUUCCUCGAGUUCUUUGCCUGGGGCUUGCUUACUGCUCCAACAUUGGUGGUGUUGCAUGAGACAUUCCCUAAGCAUACCUUCCUUAUGAAUGGCCUCAUCCAGGGAGUAAAGGGUUUGUUGUCCUUCCUUAGUGCCCCUUUGAUAGGAGCAUUGUCUGAUGUCUGGGGAAGAAAGUCCUUCUUGCUGCUAACAGUGUUCUUCACAUGUGCUCCUAUUCCACUCAUGAAGAUCAGCCCAUGGUGGUACUUUGCGGUGAUAUCUGUGUCAGGAGUGUUUGCUGUCACCUUCUCUGUGGUAUUUGCUUAUGUGGCUGACAUAACACAGGAACAUGAAAGAAGCAUGGCAUAUGGACUGGUGUCUGCCACAUUUGCUGCUAGUCUUGUCACUAGUCCGGCCAUUGGAGCUUACCUCAGUCAUGCAUAUGGAGACUCCCUUGUGGUGCUAUUAGCAACGGCAAUAGCGUUGCUUGACAUCUGUUUCAUCUUGGUGGCUGUUCCAGAGUCGCUCCCGGAGAAAAUGAGGCCUGCAUCAUGGGGUGCCCCAAUUUCAUGGGAGCAAGCGGACCCUUUUGCAUCUCUGAAGAAGGUCGGCCAGGAUUCCAUUGUGUUGCUUAUCUGUAUCACAGUGUUCCUCUCCUACCUCCCUGAGGCUGGACAGUAUUCCAGCUUUUUUCUGUACCUCAGACAGAUAAUGAAAUUUUCCCCUGAAAGUGUGACUGCUUUCAUAGCGGUGCUGGGAAUACUGUCUAUUGUUGCUCAGACCAUUGUCUUGAGCUUUCUCAUGAGGUCAAUUGGAAACAAAAAUACCAUUCUCCUGGGUCUGGGAUUCCAAAUAUUGCAGUUGGCCUGGUAUGGAUUUGGAUCAGAACCUUGGAUGAUGUGGGCUGCUGGCGCUGUGGCAGCCAUGUCCAGUAUUACAUUCCCUGCAGUGAGUGCUCUGGUGUCUCGAACUGCUGAUGCUGACCAACAAGGUGUUGUGCAAGGAAUGAUAACAGGAAUUCGAGGGCUGUGCAACGGCCUUGGACCUGCUUUAUACGGUUUUAUAUUUUACAUCUUUCAUGUGGAGUUUGAUGAAAACCCGAUUAAAGAGGAAAGCCCAGGCCAAGACAAAAUGUCCACUACACAUUUACAACAGAAUUCAAUCAUCCCUGGGCCUCCCUUCCUGUUUGGAGCGUGCUCUGUUCUUCUAGCCUUGCUCGUAGCUUUGUUUAUCCCAGAACACACCAACCUGAACAUGCGCAACGGCAACUGGAAAAAGCAUGGAACAGGGCACAGCCACCCCCACAGUCCGCCAGCACCUGGUGAAGGCAAGGAGCCUCUUUUACAGGACACAAAUGUAUGACAAGUGCUUGAAAGACAAUGACAGGCUUCUGCUGCUCAUGUAGUUGCAUUCCACUCAGUUAGAAACUGAGAUACCUGCAGGAUCAAUUUCUACUCCAAUGGAAUGAAUGGGCUCUCCGGUGAAGGACCAACCUUGGGCCCUUUCUACUGUAGAGAUGUGAAUUCUGCUGCCUCUAUUCUAGCAGGCAAGUCUCCAGCCUACUUACAGCCUGAUUGAGACAAUCAGCGUGUGUUCUACCUUCUGAGUGCCAGGUUAUUGCAACUCACAGAUCUGAAAAUAUAGAUGUAUUUGGUGGACUUGGACAUACAGCAGGCUUACCCUGCUGGCAUGGGACAAGAAACAUGAUCCUUGCAUUUGAAUUGCCUCCAGCAGUUUUUCAUUAGCCAAAGUGUUUUCUUUUGCUUUAUUCAUUACAGUGCCCUCCCCUCUUUCUCUGAUGCUUGCCUGUGUAUCUUCCUCUCUAUGUAAUGAUAGCUCAAUAGAGCAGAUUGUAUGUUACAAAACAUACAUCAUGUAACGGUAAUGACUGAACUAUUUUAGCCCUGCCCCAGUUUUAGAAUACUAUAGCACAGUUGAAGUAACUUUGCUAUGUAAAUCACCAAGCCUUAAUUACUACUUGCAACAUGUGAUAGACUGUCCUGUGUUGUAAGAAAAACUAGAUAUUCAUCAUUUGUACUGUAUAUUUGAAGUGGAGUUCAGCAGCUUUAGAGCCACAUGAUUUUAUUAA